AUGACUUGCCGGUUGCUUCAGCCCACGCCGUUUCUCCCACUGGCGCUAGCGCUGCUGUUGCUGGCAAUGUGCUGCGCUGCUGGGUGCCUCGCCGCUGCAGAUCGCCGUGCGUUCGACGAGGUGCUUCGGAGGAGCGUCCGGCCGUCGACUGCGGUGCUGCGUGAGGUGCCGCGCAGGGGACAGGGCGCGAUGCAGGCGUACACCGUCGCCACUGCAGGGGACGAAGACGAUGGCUGGGCGCCCAUCCGCAUUAAAGUGUUCACGGAGGAUCUGGAGAAAGAAAGUCGUGGGAGGAAGAAGAGGUACUGCGAGGCUGCGGGGGAUAAGUGCACCAACUACCUGGGGGCAACUAUAACGUGCAGCAUCACGGACGUAUUGUCGGGUGAAAAGAAGCAACGGUAUAAGGAGACGAUUAUUCCCGGGGCCGUCAAGCUACACGCGGAGCGACUCCUCGUCAAGCCCGUGGCUGAGGGAGUCUCAGUGGGAAGAAAUCCUGGAGGACCGUGCGAGCACUUCACAAUUCCAGUUGUCCACAAGCAGAAGGGUGUGGCUGAUGCCGACAUGGUCAUCUACGCUGCUGCUGGGCCGUUCAGCGAGGAUAUUCCGGCAUGGGCAGGCACAUGUGUCAAAUGGGAUGACUUUCGCCCUUCCGUUGGCGUCAUGGACUUCAACCCGGCGUACCUGACUGCCUCGGCAUGGAGCGUCCGCGUCGCCGCACACGAGAUGGCGCAUGCUCUUGGGUUCAACCAAGAGAAUAUGGAGCAUAAGGGGAUGGUGAAGUCAGAGUCGACCGUGCGUGGAGUGCGGCGCAAGAUGGUGACGGGGCAUAAUGUUAAAGUGAGGGCGGCAGCGCACUUCAGCUGCGGUUCGGCCGAGGGCAUGGAGCUGGAGAAGGACGAUACCGGCGCGCAACGGAAGAUGCCUCACUGGGAGGAACGCAGUGCCCGGGACGAACUGAUGGCUCCCACAGUCGGUGCCGGCUACUACACGGCGCUGACGCUGGCGGUGUUUGCGGACCUGGGCUACUACCGCGUAAACUGGAGCAUGGCGGAGCCGAUGGCGUGGGGCAACAACACCGACUGCGACUUCCUGACGACGAAAUGCAGCAGAACUGAGCAACUCGCCAAGAAGUAUCCUCACAUGUUCUGCGAUGAGAAAGACAACACGACGCUUCGCUGCUCCUCUGAUCGUCGUCACGUCGGAACGUGCACCGCAUACGUCGUUGAUGCGCAGGGGAGUGUGAGCGAGAAGGACGUGUGCCCCGUCAUUUCGACGAGAUUUUACAGCGCACUGUCUGGGGGACCAUCCAAUGCGUGUGGGGGGGCAAGUGAGCAGACGUUUCCAGGGUCGCUGACUGGCAGUGGCUCGUUGUGCCUGGACGCGGAGGCACUGAAGGUGGAAAACAGCGGCGGUAAGAAAAUCGAAGGCGUGUGCGCAGAUGUGCAUUGUGAGGGCGGCGCAGUGAAGGUGAAGUACCUCGGCGCCAAUGAGUUUGUGCUGUGUCCCGAGGGAAGUGCAAUUGAAGUUGUGCCAAAUGGUUAUCUGCAGGGUGGGAAACUCAAGUGCCCGAAGUACGCCGAGGUGUGCACCAUCGCCGCCGACGGCAGCAGCCUCGUCAUUCCGAGCGUUUUGCAGGAUGUGGAGGGGAAGGGCGAGGAGGAGCAAAAGAGGCAGGAGGAGGAGGUUCAGCCACCAGAGUCACUUUCUGAUGUCUCGCCUCCUGCAGAGUCGCCUCUUGGGGCUGCGGUUGAUGCUGGUGGUGGCGGCGUUCCUUCCACUCCGAAGGUUGAGGCGGGGGCGGUUGGGCUCGACACCGAGGCAGCUGCUGAGCCUGAAGAGGGAGCGAAAGGGCCGGACGGUGCCGUUGCUCCCGCUCACCCCGCUGCUGCCUCGCCCCCGUCCGGUGGUGCCUCUUCCUCACCGGGCGAGGCCGCUGCUCCAAAAGAGAGCGACUCGGAGACGGCGGGCACUACUGCGACGCCCAAAACUACAGCGCUCACGACGUCGCCCACCUCGACACCGACGGCAUCCGCCAACAGCAGCGAUUUCCGGAAGAAACUGGAGGAGGUGGUGCAACGCGUCGGAAGUGACGCCAGUGUGGCUGCUGCUGCUGUUGACUUAAGCCGCUUUGUGUUUUUCGCCGUGGCCGUUGCCGCAGUGGUGGUGCAGCCUGUUUGA